GAUCAUAAAGCGUUACCACCACCGCUGAUCAAAACUCGACGCGUUGUGACGCGUUGUUCCGACGUGUACAGGUUGCCGGUGUGUAUGUAUCACAUUGUACAUAACUGGUCGCAUUCCUUGGACGUAAACGAUGUUAGUGCUCCUAAUAGCGAUAUGCAUCUUUUCCGGCGUGCACGCCGCGAAACUGCAGAGAGUGCACGACGAGGAACUCCUGAAUCUUAUAAAACUCGAAAAAUAUGUGAUCGUUCUAUUUACGACAGAAGAAAAUUGUCCAGAGUGUGAUCACUUUGAGAAAAAGUUAGCCCAUCAUCGUGAAGAAUUUGUUGAUGCCUUGUCAGCAUGGGUUGUUAAAGCUGUUGAUAGUCAAUUACUCCAAUUAUAUAGUACUACUAAAGAACCAGUUGUGCUGUUCUUCCGACAUGGACUUCCUUUAUUAUAUGAUGGAGACAUAGAGGUAGAAGAUUUAGUAGAUUCCUUUACGAAUCAUAGAGAACCUACAGUAAAGGAACUUACAGACGAUACAUUUGAGCAUUUAACCCAAGCAAGCAGCGGUGCUACAACCGGCGAUUGGUUCGUUAUGUUUUACAGCACGGAUUGCGUACAGUGCUUGCGCAUGAUUGCGAGGUGGGAAACGGUCGGUGCUAAGCUUAAGCAGAAGAUAAAUGUAGCACUUGUUAAUAAAGCCACAACUGGAGUUUCCACAGCCAGGAGAUUUAACGUUUAUACUACUCCGCAAUUUAUACUUUUUAGACAUGGCAAAAUGUAUCGCUAUGACAUGGGAGCAUAUGAUAUUGCUUCCCUUAUGUCAUUCGCUCAAGAAUGGUACAAAGAUAUAAGACCAGAAGAGGUACCUCCACCUCCAAAUUCUUUUGACGAGUAUUCAAAAAUAAUUUUAGUCUUUCUAUAUGAGAAUCCCUGGAUACUCAAGCUAGCCAGCAUCUGUAUUGGGGUGCUGUGUAUUAUUAUAACAGUUGUUAAAUAUAUGUAUCCAAAUGAAGCAGCGGAGGAAAAAGAAGAUUAGCUUUAUUCAUCUGAUUCGCCAAAAAUAGAUCAUGAAUGUUUCUCUACUACUAGAUUGUUGUCUGCAGUAUGAAAAGUAAUUUUUGAUUAUGCAUUAUUUCACAUGUGAAAGAUAUUUAAAUUUGUUAAUCUUUUUAAAAAUUCUAUGUUUCUUCGAAAAUGUUUUUUAAUUAUCAAAUAUCAUUUGUUAAAUAAUUAGAAAUUUUGCUAUUUCGCAUAUAAUUACAAAAUUUAGUACAUGUUUAAUGAUUGCAAAAUUGAGAAUAUAUUUAAUAUUUAUAAAAUCAUCUUAAAAUGAAAAUGAAUGUUUUCCUUAUAAUAAUAUGCAAAUAUAUUAAUUCUAACUAAAAUCUAGAAAAAUAUAUUUUUUUACUUAAAAUAUAUCCAAACAGUUAUGUAGUAAAUAAUGAUGUAGAGAAGCUGUUCAUAACCAGAAAUAAAUUUAAAAAAGACGAAAGUGAUAUUAUUAAAUUUACUAAAA